AGGUGUUUUUGUACAACUAACCGUGGUUUGGCUACCGGACCGUCUAUGAACUGGAAAACCGUUGUUCGCAUCACCCUGACCACGCUCUUCGCGCUCUGUCUCUUCGUGGGGAUGAUCGUCGUGUACGCCAUCGGCUUCCAGUUCGUGUUUUCCGGGGACGGGUACCUCUCCUUCGGGCUGUACGGCUCCGUGUUGGCGCUGCAUCUCAUCAUACAGAGCAUCUUCGCCUUCCUCGAGCACAGGAAAAUGAACAGAGAUGACUUGCCACCUCACCAGGGCAAACCUGUAGCGCUGUGCAUAGCGGCGUUCCAAGAAGACCCCGUGCUUCUCAGAAAGUGUUUGGAGUCCAUCAGAGACAUCAAGUAUCAGAACCUGAAGGUUGUGUUGGUCAUAGACGGGAACUCUGACGACGACAUGUACAUGCGGGACGCUUUUGUGGAAAUCAUGGGACCGCAGGACACGGACACUUUCGUCUGGAGACACAACUACCACGCCAGAGAACCGCUUCCUCAAGAAAUUCCCAGUCUGGAAAAGGGCUCCAAACAUUUGGAGGAAGUCGUGGUUCCUUCUCUUCGAGAUAACGGAGCUAAGGUGGUGGAAGACAUCAUCCUUAACAACAGGAACUCGUGCAUCAUGCAGAAGUGGGGAGGGAAGCGGGAGGUCAUGUACACGGCGUUUAGAGCGCUAGGUGACACUGUGGAGUACGUCCAAGUCUGCGACUCGGACACGAUCCUAGAGCCGAACUGUACCGACGAGAUGGCGAGGAUUCUCGACAACGAUCGGAGUGGCGCCGUCGGCGGAGACGUCCGAAUCUGGAACGAGCGCGACUCGUGGAUCUCGUUCCUCAGCAGCCUGCGCUACUGGAUGGCCUUCAACAUCGAGCGCGCCUGUCAGUCCUACUUCAACGUGGUGAGCUGCAUCAGCGGGCCGCUCGGCUUCUACCGAAACGACCUUCUACAGAGUUUUCUAGAAGACUGGUACAACCAAACCUUCCUCGGUCAACACUGCACUUUCGGAGACGACCGCCACCUGACAAACCGCAUGUUGAGCAUCGGCUACGGCACCAAGUACACGGCCCGCUCGCGAUGUUACACCGAGACCCCCGUGCAAUAUCUCCGCUGGCUGAACCAGCAGACCCGCUGGACCAAGUCCUACUUCAGGGAGUGGCUCUACAACGCCAUGUGGUUCCACAAGCACCACAUCUGGAUGACGUAUGAGUCCAUCAUCGCCGGACUUUUUCCUUUCUUUGUAACCGUGACAGUCAUCCGCCUUUUCUACCGGGGACGGCUCUGGGACAUUCUACUCAUUCUCAUCACCAUACAGGCUAUAGGACUAAUCAAAUCCUUCUACGCCUGUUUCCUACGGAGAUCUCCCCUCAUGGUGUUCAUGUCCAUCUACUCCAUACUCUACAUGACAAGCCUCUUACCGGCCAAGUACUGGGCCAUGCUGACUAUCAACAAAAGCGGGUGGGGGACGAGCGGGAGAAAGAAGAUCGUGACAAACUUUAUCCCGCUUGUGCCUCUGAUCGCCUGGGCGCUGAUUCUAGGCGGAGGCCUCGCGUACACGAUCUACUUCGACACGCUGGACUACUUCGACUACACCAAGCAGAUGUACCUCAGCGUCGGGUUCGCGCUGUACAUGUUGUACUGGUUCGUCAUGAUCGCUCUGUACUCGUGGAGAACUUGUAAGUGUGGCUGCUGCCGGGACUCCUACAGUGUCGAAGAAACCGCGUGAUGUACACGUAAGAAUAUAUAGAUUCUGUAUUGACACAACAAUACGUACAGGGACUAUUGUAUUGUCUUCUAUACAACUAAAGAUAUAACAAAGUCAUCCUACGUACAGAAUAUAUGUAUACGGCAGUUGACGAACGCCAUACAUGUUUUUGGUGACGAAAGAUGUUGACUAUUUAUUCUUGUCCGCAAUAUCAUAUAUUUAUAUAUUUUUAUAUAAAGAACAAUCAGGGACCACCGAUGUUUUAAUGUUGUCCAAUUUGCCAUAAUGUCUGUCAAUAGUUUUAAUGAAAAGAAAUGUAAUGA